CAGUUCUUUCCAUGUGAACACAAUUGUUAAACUGUCACACAGUUCAAAUGACAGUCACGAUUUUGGCCACCAGGAGGCUUAGUGUGCAUCUUAAGCCUCAGGAGUUGAACUUUGCUGAACCAGGUGGCUGGCUGGCUGGAAAUGGAAAGCUUCAAAAGGUUCAGAAGGCGUCAUCUACCCGUCAAUACAUCACAAGUCAGCUUUUAAAGGGGUUGAGGCUCCGAGCUACCAAUUUUCAGCCACCAGUCCACACUCGUUGCCACCAAAAUGGAAACACCUGCACAGACCUGCAGCAGACACAAACCAAAAACUCUCACGACUUCGGUCGUAACAACAGGAUUACAAGUGUCCUUCCCACUUUUCCUUUUAGGAAUAUUUAUUGCUUCCUUGCAGCUCUGUAAAUGUUCUCCCUUCUUCCUUCUUGUUUGUUGUUGCUUGCUAAUUUGCACAGCUGCCUGAGUGGCUACAUCCACCACGGGAAGUAGCACUCCUGAAGGGUUGCUCCUGUAUGGCUUCAAUGUUUGCCAAAACGAGAGCUGGAAAGAAGCAGGAGUUUUCAGGCUCUUCGUUGAGAGACCUCAGCCCUCGGAGUAAAAUCACUCACAGCAUCCCCUCAUGGGAAUUCCGUGAUCAAGCAGAUUCUCUCAGAGAGCAACUGAAAGAGACGGAUGAGCAUUUGGCCAGACUUCAAGACAUGCUGAAGUGUGAACGGGCAAAAAGUGCCCGUUUGCAGCUGAGGGUCAACCAGCAUGAAGCAGAGCUGAGACGCAAAGAGCAGCAAAACAACAGAAUGAAAGAACGACUUACUCAGUUGUCUGAUAGAAACAAGGAAAAAGGACCUUCCAUUGAGGUACUGAACUUUCCAACGUUGGGUCGAGGCAAAAAUGUGAAGUCAAUCAAAUCACCCCAGUCCCCUGCAAGGCGAGAGGAGGCAGCACUGCAUCUGAUGUUGGAACGCAGAGAAGCGGAGCUCCGGGAAGCAAUGAAGCUGCGACACAGCCUCACCACCUUACUACAUGCCAUCAGAGUUGACAUGGAGCAAACUUUGACAAACUCUGAGGACAUUGUGGUCGGAUCCCCAAAUGAAGACAAAAAGUUAACUCAAGCUGAGGCGGCGCUGGGUGACCAUGUGACAGGAGGUGUGGUUCAGAGUUGGAAAUGUGUGCAGCGAAGGCUGGUUGACCUUCGAGGCCACACAGGCGAUGGCACUGACCAUGACAAACUCUUGGCUCAGCUUCAAAUGGAACUGAAACAGAGUCAACAAAUUGUCAAACUACAACAACAAAUGCUGCAGGACAGCCUUCUAUCAUCCCUCCCAUCUGAGCUGACUGAUUCUUAUUUUUUGGAAGAACGGGAGCGUCUCCAAGUGCAAUGGGCGGAGUUCAAACAACAGAGACGGACUUUUGAAAGGGAGAGACAGUCCUUCACUGAGGCCGCCAUACGCUUAAGUCGUGAGCGUCAGGACUUUGAGAAUGAGAAGGGCUCUCUUUUGAAGCAGCAGUAUUUACGUGAUACUCCAUUGUGUAGUAAAAGAGCAUCGAGUGACAAAACUGACUGCACACUCAGUUUGGAGCCUGCUGGCAUAUCUGGCUGUGUUCCCAUUUCUCCAUCAUCCACCAAAUCCAGCCCGCUGACUGUUUCAGGGUGCCAUUUGGGAAGAGUCAGAGUCGUAACACCCAGUACUCCCGAGCUCUAUGCUGCCCUGAGUUUGUCAUACAACCACAGAGCCGAAGAGGGAGCAAUCCACUCAGAGAGAUGGUGCCGUGGAACAGAUGGGAUGUACCCAGCUGCACCUUUGGAUCAGUCAUUUUGAGGCAAUUGAAUUCCAAAGCCAUUUUAAAAACAUGCACUUUCUUUAAAUAAUAAAAGUUAAGUAUUUUAUUGAA